UGGGUUUCCAUGGAAACACAUGUUUUCCUGAAAACACAAUGUAUGGACUAGAAUAUUUGAAUCUCGUGACGUUUUUCGCAACCGUUUGGUUGUAAUUUGGUAAAGAAAUCUAAAAUGACAAUUUUUGUAGAAAGGUUGUUAGUUCACCUCGACGGAAAAGUUUUGGAAGACCUCGUUUCUCAUUCGACUUUGAAUUACACGGCUGUCAUAACUGACGACAACCAGCUGUACAUAUUCCAGGAGAGUGCUCUUUUACAUGGCUGUCCUUGGAAAAGCCCUUCUAAACUUGUAUCGAUCAAAUGGCAUCCUACUCUUGCUGUCGUCACUGUUGGUUCAGAUAUUGGGGAAAUUUACACCCUCAUCCUGGAUACAAAAAUUUUGAAGGAGAUAAAAGUUCCAACUGUUCAAAAACACCCAGUUAGGUUUCUCUGUUGGGCAAAUGAAAAUCAGCUUUUAAGCCUUAAUAGCAAUGGUAUUCUAACAGUCUGGAAUCAUUCCAAAGAUAACCAUUUCCAAAAGAUAACUGAACAUGAUAUAAAAGACACACCUUCUCAACUGACUUGCUUUAGAUUGCCUGCACCACCUUGGGAGAGUUUCAUUGGAAGCUCCUCUGGUGCUAUCUAUCAUGCUGUUCAAGAUGGCCCAGCAUGUACAGAAGUUGUUCGAAUGGAAAAGGCCAUUCAAAAUAUUGUCAACCAUGAAGAUUCUCUUUGUGUUUUAACUUCUGGUGGACUUCUUUCUGUUUUCAGAAAAAAUAAAUUGAAGGACGGAACUAAAGUCAUUGAACUUCUAAACACGGUGAAAAUAAGCGGGAAAUCUCAAUUAAUUCAGCUGACGUGGUUGAAUAAAAAUAUGAUUGCUCUGACCGGUGGCGAUCUGACAAUCCGUUUGUGGAACUGCCAAAGCAACGAUACUUUCCUCUUGCCACUGCCUGACGUAGCUGAGCUUACUCUUCACUCUGGAGCGGAACAUUUCACCACACUUGCCUACCUGCCCGAUAAAACCCACGCUCUCCUGUCCGCUGCGACUAAUUUGGGUGGCAUCGUCUUUUGGCGAGACAACAAUAAUCGUAACGACAUUCACACUCCCGAAGAUGAUUGGCAUUUCAUCGGUCUGGUUGGCCUCUCUGGCGGUUCUAUCGAACAUUCCGUCUGGGGAGCAAAAUAUCUCUUUGUACAUAAUGGAUCUAGCCUUUAUCAAAUUGUCCAGCAGCAACCAUCAGUCGCUUUCAGGAACGAAAUUGGUGUCGUUCAACUUUCGUCAUCUGUAGUAUCCGUCCAAAGACAAACAAAUUCUGUUCAGCUGGAUUUACCAAUAAGAAUUUCCGGAAUAGACUUGUGUGAGAAUCACCUUUUAGUGUGGGGAGAGGCAAAAGUGGUCAUUUACCAGAUGGGAGUAGGUACCACCAACGAAAAACCUUUUGCAAUUGGAAGUUUUGAAUGCGAAUGCUUGAUGGUGCGGCUUCACAAAACAGCGUGUUUCUGUCUAGAGGGUCCGUUGAUCCAAAUGCGGAAUUUUCAAGGAUCUGUAGUGUGCCCCCCGCUAUCCUUUAUGGACUCGGAAGGAUCUCCCGUAACGUUGGAUCUCUUCGGUAACUUCUUGUGCGCAUCAUCGACUAGUGGCUACGUCAAGCUAUGGGACGUGACUACUAGUGAUCCAAAGCUACACAUAAGCACGAAAAACGUAACAGCGAAUGUUGCUGGUUUUGAGCGAUUCCGUUCCGUGAAAACCAACAUUGAUGGCUCUUGCAUCUCAUUUACAGUCGAUGCAGAUGAAGGACUAACCAAAUUGUUCGUGUGGAGAACCACAAUGAAUUUGGUCGAAUCCUUUAACGUAGCCGCCGAAUGGCCAGAGGAGCAAGGCGUUCUCCAAGUUCAUUACUGGGAUGAAGAUGAACCCCGGAUUGUUGUUUGCCAAAUCGCAGGCAAAGAGAACAGCUGUUUGGUUUCGCUUUUAGUUCCAACUGAACAGGAAGAGCUUUUGGUUCAAGACGUGGUGCCCAUGACAACCGACCUCAUUGGCGUCCGACUUCCUCACUACGCCAUUGUGGAUGAAGCGACGAAAAUUCAUUUGCGGUUGCUAGACAGUUUGGCCAGUCUGAACGAUCACCGUGAUAAGGCAGCCCGCGACGCAUUGUUAUCAUUCAGCUGUCACCUAAGACGUGGGCGUGUGGAGCAAGCCUAUCAGGCUGUGCGAUCUUUUGCCAAUCCGAAAAUAUGGGAAAGCUUAGCUCGCAGCUGCGUCCAAUUGAGGCGACCGGACGUCGGCCUAAUUUGCUUGGGGAAAUUAGGCAGCGCCAGGGCAGCUGCGGCGGUUCGAUCUGCCCAGGAGAAAUAUUUAGGCCAAGUGGAUGCAAUUACAGCUGUUCUUGCCGUCCAGUUGGGCAUGAUAAAAGAUGCGGAAGCGAUGUGCGAGCAAUCUUUAUGCUACGACCUUCUUAGCCGAAUGUACCAGGCUUCUAACCGAUGGGACGAAGCGUUGCAAUUGGCCCACACUAAAGAUCGAAUCAACUUGAAACGGACUUACUACGAGUACGCUCGUCAUCUCGAAGGCGAAGGAAAUACUACGUUAGCGCUCCAAAUGUACGAAAAGUGUCAAACCCAUCAUUUUGAUGUCCCACGAAUGCUAUUCGAAGAUACAACCGCCCUUCAGAAUUAUUGCACUUCCAGUCAAGACCCAGAACGACUUCGUUGGUGGGCUCAGUUUCUGGAAAGCAGCGGAGAGAUGGAUACGGCGCUAGAACACUACGCCAGGGCUGGAGACUACCUUUCACUUGUGCGGCUUCAUUGCUAUUUGGGCGAUUUGAAUCGAGCGACCGAGUUGGCUGAACAGAGCCAAGACCGCGCAGCUUGCUUCCACGUCGCCCGGCAACACGAGGCUAACGAUAACAUUCCCGAGGCUUUGAAGUUUUUUGGCCAGGCAGCCGCCUACGGUAACGCUGUCCGUCUAUGCAAAGAACACGAACUGGAUGACCAGCUGUACCGAUACGCCAUGCUGGGCGAACAAGAAGAAAUGAUUGAAGCUGCACGUUAUUUUGAAGGUUCAUCGGCUAACAGCGAUCGCCAACCGAGAUUCGAUCGAGCAGUCAUGCUGUACAGUAAAGCUGGACUUCUUGAUACUGCCCUCGAUUUGGCUUCUAGAACGGAACAGCAUGAAGCUGUAUUAGAAUUAGCUCGACGUUUGGACAAAAACUCGAAUCCUGCAUCACUGCAACGUUGUGCUGAUUAUUUAGCAAGUCAUCGCCAUUAUGAUGCAGCUGUAGAUUUGCUUGCCAUGGCAGGAAAGAAUUCCGAUGCAGUUGACAUGUGUUUGAAAUACAAUGUCACGUUGACAGAAGCGUUGGCCGAUCAACUCGUAAAUGGGGAAAAUAACAGCCGAUUGCUGACUCAACUGGCUGAAGUUGCUCAACGCCAGGGUGACUACCAGUUAGCGGCAAAGAAGUUUACUCAAGCAGGAGAUAAAUAUCAAGCGAUGAAAGCUCUCUUAAAAUCAGGCGAUACAGAUCGAAUUGUCUUCUUCGCAAACGUGUCUAGGCAGCCUGAUAUUUAUAUACUUGCUGGAAACUAUUUACAAACCCUCGACUGGCGCUCCCACCCGGAAUACGUCAAACACAUUGUGACCUUCUACACGAAAGCUAGAUCGCCCGAUCUCCUUGUCGGCUUUUAUGAAGCCUGUGCACAGGCCGAGGUUGAUGAAUACCAAAGCUACGACAACGCAAUGAACGCAUUGAAAGAAGCGCACAAAAUUAUGUCCAAAACUCCUGAAAGUAGUCAAUCAACAAGAUCUAAAGCACUUUAUAUGAAAAUGGCUUUUCUGGAGCAGUUCAUUAACAUCAGAAAAAUGUCUGCCACAAACCUACAAGGAAUUUCUCAGUUUGAAAGUAUCUUACAAUCAUCUAGCAUGGAUUUAGGCAUUUUGAAACCAGGAAAUGUUUACUCUGCUAUUUUCCAACUUUAUGUUGAUCACCAAAUGCACAAUGAAGCCCUCCAAACUUUGAAUGGGAUGAAAGCAACUGUUCCAAAGUUCAUGAAUUAUUUGGAUCCUGACAUGGUGUCUCAAUUAUGCCUAAUUCAAAAUGUGUCAUCAACAUUAUAUCUCGAACAAGGUAACCAAAAUGGAGAGGAAAACUCAGAGGAUAUAAGAGAAAUUAUUAAUCACAGAAAAUAAUUUAUUGAUGAUAUUCAGACUUCACUUAGAAAGUGCUUGCAUUAUAAUCUCAGCUUCUUUAGAUAUUGGUUUUAAAUCAAACCCUUUCAGUUCUGGUUUCCCUUCAAGAUCUCUCAAAUGUUUCACUUGUUCUUUAAGCUUGUUGCGAUGUUCAGAUAUCUCUUGAUCAACCUCUUUUAACUCUGCAGGAGAAAGGCGACAAUUUGAAUUAAUUUUGUUGAAAUUUAAAUGCUAAUUUUAAAUACCUCGUUCCAACAAGUUUUGCGCCUUGGACGUCCUUAUUUUUACGAAUAUGUUUCCAAUCGACACCCAUGCCUUUUCACUAGGUUCCAAGCCAUUUUUCAAAGCCCGAAAAGCUUCCCGUGUUUUUUGGCGCUUGAAAUCCAAUGCUACUAUCUCGUCUCUGGUGAUAAAAAUCUCUUGGGCAGCAGCUUCAGUUUGAAGUAUCAACUGUUGUGUCUUUUCGAAAUCCAUGGCACAAUCUUUUUGUUUAGUUUGAAAGUUUGAAGAGAUUGUUCUUGUUUGCUGUUGUAUCGUCUGCUAUUCAUUUGCCCCAUUGCCAAAAUUGACGAACAAAAUCAAAAGAACCAAAUUUUGUAUUGUUUCUCUGUCUUCAGUAAUUUUGUUACCUUUUAUUUUAUUGUAACUGUUCUGCAUGAUAUCUUGAAUAUUAGAGUUUGAUUCAAAACUGAUAA